AUGGAUUUUUUAAAUGAUUGGAAAUGUGAACUGAAUAAGCAUAAGGAUGCCAUCAUUACGACAAAUUCUGGAUCAGUGAAAAUCAGACUGAGUUUGAAUGAAGACGUAUCAUUCAUGUUCUAUGGGCAGUUAGUAGCUAAGAAAUUUCGAUUUCAACAUCCUACCAGAGUAAUGUUUGAUUAUAAGAUCGCCCGUAACGAAUUUGAGAUGACGUGCAUUGAAACAAUGGAGAUUGGAGAUAGACCAACCACAUUUGAAACUGUGAUCAGUCCUUUAAGGUCCAAAAUUAAAAUUCCAUCUGAAUUCCAUGAACUUUGGAAAAGGGAAUUGAAUCGAUUGAGCUACGGCAGGAUUGUAGCAGAAAAACUAUGGGCACAAGUCAAUUUUGAAAUGCAUGGUACAGAGUACUUUAUGCAUGGGAACCAGAUUACUGAAGUUUUUGGAAUUGAAAAACCAAUAAGGGUCCUCCUUGAUUAUAAGAUUACCAACAAUGAUUUUCACAUGACCUUUGUAAGUUAUGUAGAGGAUGUGGAACACUCUAACCAAACAGAGGUUUUAGCAAAUGAAUCAGAUGGGAAUGAAUCAGAUGGAGCAACGGAAGUCCAGAAUGAAAUGGAGGAAGAGCAACACGAAGAAGAUGAUGCCGGAGAAGAAGAGAAUGAUCUAACAGUUACAUGGAAUACAACAGUAACAAAGGCCAUUUCUAAUCUUUCAAAGAAACAAGUGCUGCACUUCCCAAAUCCUAUUUCAAGGGGAGUGCUAGCCAAUACCAACCAGAUUCAGCUAAUAGCAGAAGACAGUGAUUUUGAAAUUCAAUGCAAAGUUCAUACUUCAAACAGAUCGCUGAAAACUGGAAAAUUUGAAAAGCAUAUUGGCAGAGGAUGGUAUGAAUAUGUGCGCCUUCACAGGCCAAGGAUUGGGGAUAAUUUGGUGUUUGUGCUGUAUCCAGAAAGAGAAGAACUAUAUGUGAAGCUGGAACGUUUUAAUAUGAAUCGGCAUUAG